GUCAAGGAAGAGCGUGCGGACGCCGCGGAAGGGUGGGCGGUCGCCAUGGCGGCUACGGCUGCGGCGGCAGCGGACUCACUGUGGGAGGACCGGGAUGUCCGCUUCGACAUCUCCGCGCAGCAGAUGAAAAUGAGACCAGGAGAAGUUCUCAUUGACUGUUUGGAUCCUAUUGAAGAUACCAAAGGAAACAAUGGAGAGAAAGGCAGACUCUUGGUAACAAACUUACGAAUUAUUUGGCACUCUAUCGUACUUCCUAGAGUCAACCUUUCUGUUGGCUACAAUUGCUUUGUGAAUACAACAACCAGAACAGCUAACUCCAAAUUAAGGGGCCAGACAGAAGCACUUUAUAUAUUAACCAAAUGUAACAAUACACGUUUUGAAUUCAUAUUUACGAAUGUGGUUCCUGGGAGCCCCAGACUUUUUGCCUCAGUUAUUGCUGUACACAGAGCUUAUGAAACAUCAAAAAUGUACCGGGAGCUUAAACUGAGAUGUGCAUUAAUUCAAAACAAGCAGUUGAGAUUACUUCCAAAAGAACAAGUAUAUGACAAAAUAAAUGGCGUCUGGAAUUUAUCUAGUGAUCAGGGAAAUCUGGGUACUUUUUUUGUUACAAAUGUAAGAGUGGUUUGGCAUGCUAAUAUGAAUGACAGCUUUAAUGUCAGUAUACCAUAUCUACAAAUUCGCUCAGUAAAGAUUAGAGACUCAAAAUUUGGCUUGGCACUUGUCAUUGAAAGCUCUCAGGCGACUGGUGGUUAUGUGCUUGGAUUUAAGAUUGACCCAGUUGAAAAAUUAGAGGGAACAGCAAAAGAAAUAAAUUCACUGCAUAAAGUAUUCUCUGUUAAUCCUAUAUUUGGAGUGGAUUAUGAAAUGGAAGAAAAGCCUCAGCAGCUAGAAGAUCUGACAGUAGAGCAGGUACAGGAUGAUGUAGAAAUAGAAGCAGAUGAGCAGACAGAUGCUUUUGUGGCCUAUUUCGCUGAUGGGAACAAGCAACAGGACCGUGAACCUGUUUUUUCUGAAGAACUAGGACUUGCAAUAGAGAAACUAAAAGAUGGGUUCACACUGCAAGGACUUUGGGAAGUAAUGGGUUGACAUACAUCUAAACAAUAUGCAAUAGAUAAAGAUGUUUAGUUUGUAAAAGUUAUACCUUGGUACCUUUUAAUGAAGUGGCUAUAGCUACUUGAUUUACCAGAAAGAGUAGAGAACGAUGUACAGUUUUCAUGUUAUUAAAUAAGAUCUUAUAUUUGUAAGAAAUAUUUAUACAGUGUAUUGUUUUGUAUUUGUAUAUAGUGCUUUCACUGUUGACUUUUUAAAUUAUUUGCUUAUUUAGAACAUUAUGUAUUGAUCUCAUAUAAAGAACAUAUGUAUUGAUCUCAUGUAAAUAAAGACUUAUUUAAGGGAAAAAA